GAUGUACACUACAACAUCCAACACACAUAACCCAUCGUCAUAGCCAUAGCAAUUCGAGCUUCCUCACUUGGUUUCUCUCCGUUUUGAUCUUGGAUUCGUGUUCUUCACCCCUUGGCGAACACAUCCAUAGCUGGAAUCCUUCGCCCAUGCUCUAGCCUGGGAGUGGUGUGCGUUGACCUACUUCCGAUUUUGUUCAUCUUCUUCCCGAUGACUUCUCCUACCUAUUCCUGAAUUUCUCUGCUUCCAUGGGGUCUAGUAAAACCCAGAGUGGGAAGAAGCCUAAGAAGAAGAGUCCUAAGGAGAAAAGGAGAGGAGAUGAACACUCGAAGCAACCUAGUGUUGGUACGGAUUUUGCUGUGGAAUUGAGAGGAAAGGAGAAGGGACCUACUGCCUCCUCAACCUCUGAGACAUCACCUCCCCUUGUAGAGGAAGUUGCGGAAGUCAUUGCUCCUGUACUACAAACUGAAGCACGCAAGCUGCUCGACGAAAUGCCACAACCAGAUUCUGCUUCUGCCAAACCAGUGACAUUUGCUGACUUGUUUAAGGGUAAUAGGGACCCUGACCAAGGUAUGAUUUUAAAGCAAUAUGAUGUUGGCGAAGGUGUCCUUCGCAUUCCUGAUAGUAUUAUCAAACCUGUUGAAGAUAUUUGGGGCUAUUGUCUAGUGGGGUGUUUCACUGGACGCUUCCCUGGCCUCAAAGCUGUGGAUGCUAUUGUUAAGAGUUGGAACAUUCCCUGUAGAAUUAUUCCUCAUUGCAAGGGAUAAGUUGUGCUUAAAUUUGAAACUGAUAAAGAUAGGUAUGAGGUGCUGGGCAGGGAGAGGAGCAAGGCAUAUGGUAAGGAGUUCAGACUAAAAAUUCCCUCACAUGGUUUCAUGUUUGAUUUUUCUGAGUUCACAACCUUACCUGUCUGGAUCCAACUUCACAACUUCCCUAUGCAAAUGUGGUCAGAGGAGGGUAUUGGUAUGCUGGCUUCAAAGGUGGGAAAACCCCUACGUACGGACUUGGUUACUAAACAGCUUGGUAAGAGUGGGUUUUGUAGGGUUCUUGUGGAAGUGGACUUUUCUAAAGAACCUGUGACUAGCCUUGAGGUGGAAUGCAUGUCCAAAUCCUAUAUUCAAAUUGUGGAAUUUGAGGAAGAUCCUAAGUAUUGCUACCACUGUCAAACUUGGAACCAUGGGCCUUUCUUUUGUAAGGUACUGGAACAAAAGAAAAAUAAGGAACUAGAGGUUAUCCACGCUAAUCUUUUGGAGACAGCUAACAAGGAGAAGGCCCCGCCUAGAGAAUGGGUUCCUACUGGAAAGAACAACGGCAGUGGAGGGUAUACUGAGCCAAAAGGGGGAAAUGUUCCUUCCUCUUCUAACACUGCCAAGGUACUAGAUGUGCCACAUGUGGCUGGAGUUGGUGUUCUGACCAAGAUUCCUGGGAAACAAACUCAUGAUGGGGCUGUUAUGGGUAAUACAAAGAAGAAGGGGAAUGAUGCUAAUUUGGUUGGGAGGAAACAUGAUGCUUUGAAGGGAGGCAAGGGGCCAGGCCCACCUCAUUGAUGAAGAUUCUCUGUUGGAAUAUUAGAGGACUUAAUAGGUCCUCUAAACAAAACUUUUUGUGUAAAUAUCUUUUGGAGCUUGGUGUCCAUUUUGUCUGCAUUCUCGAAACUAAACUUACAGAAGCCAAGUUAGAGGUGUUUGUGAGUGCCAAACUACCUGGUUGGA